AUGACUCAGGUGCCUGCUGACUACGUGUCGACUGCCAGCUCCUACAACUAUGAGCAGACCCUUCCCACCCUGGGUCGGACAAGCACUGUCACCAGGGUGCCCCCCACCAAGAAAAUAACCUUCUUCAAGAGCGGAGAUCCUCAGUUUGCGGGAGUCAAGAUGGCCAUCAACCAGAGAAGCUUCAAGAGCUUUAGUGCACUCAUGGAUGACCUCUCUCAUCGGGUCCCCCUGCCGUUUGGGGUACGGACCAUCACCACCCCACGAGGAAUCCAUUGCAUCAGUGAGCUGGACCAGUUGGAGGAUGGUGGAUGGUACCUUUGCUCUGACAAGAAAUACGUCAAGCCUAUUACCAUCGCUUCUGGGGGGCACAAGCCGGGCCCUCCGCGAAACGGCCGUCCCUCCAGUACCUGGAGAAGAGCAGCUCAGGAAGGCAAAUUUGAAGACUAUUCCACCACUUUCACUCACCAUGGCCCCAGAAUACCCAAGAAAAUCACUCUAGUCAAGAACGGAGAAAGUGGUUUCCGGCGCUCGAUCAUCUUGAACCGCAGGAACGCCAGGAGUUUCAAAACCCUCCUGGAUGAGAUCUCGGAGAUCUUGCAGUUCCCGGUGAAAAAGCUCUACACUGUUGAUGGGAAGAAGAUCGACAGCAUGCAGGCUCUGCUUCACUGCCCCAGCGUGCUGGUGUGUGUUGGCCGGGAGCCAUUCAAACCUAUAGCGAUGGAGAAUGUGAGGAAACACUCAGUGGAGAAGCUGCCUGAUGUAGCUCCUCGUUCCAAUGGCAACAAUGGCAACACAAACAAUGAAAAUAAUGGUGCACCUUUCUCAAAUAAUUUCUCACCUUCAAAGCCUGGGGACCUUGUCCACUCCUUGGUCAAUGACGACAUAGAAAAACGGGUACACGUGAACAAGGACGGCAGCCUGUCCGUGGAGAUGAAAGUCCGCUUCCGCUUGCUCAACGAUGAGACUUUGCAGUGGUCCACCCAGAUCAAGAAGUCCAAUCUGAUGAACCAGAUGCCUUGUGAAGAGUCAGCGGUAGAGGAGGACAGUGCAAUAGACCCCAUGCAGAAGAUGAACCCAGAAGCCAGCUCAGAGGCAGACGAGUCGUUGUAUCCCUGCGAUAUCGACUCUUACACGUCAAAGCUUGAGGAAUCGGAAUGUGACGAGGCUCACUGUCACAGCUGUGGAAAAAAACACCAGGACUAUGACAUUUGGAGAAACCCCAUGCACACAGCCCAGAGGGGAGAGCCUGAGAUAAAAACCAGAAAUCUUCGUGUGAGGAUGUCAAACUCCAGCCGAGCAUCGCUGUCUGAGACUUUGUCAGUACGCAGUUUGCAUUGCCCUGCCCCACCAAAAGCCAAGCCAAACAGCAAAAAAAUACCUUCAGCCAUGUUGAAGAAUUCCUCUGUUAGCAGCACAGGCAGUGAGUCAGCGCUGACCACAGGGAAAGAGCCAAAGGAAAUUUCAGAAACCUCCAAAGCAACUUCCCAUGGGUCUAAAUCAACUGCAACCAAAACAAAUGAUCAGAAGAAUAAAGAGGCUGAGGAUUCCUGUAGCAGGAAAGUGGAGGAAGAGUUAGAAGGCAAGGACAUGAAGGAGGAGGAGAAAGAUUUAAUGCCAUCUACUCUACCAAAUGCAUCUCCAGAAGAAGUUGUGCAAGAAUGGUUAAGUAAAAUUCCUUCAGAAACCUUGCUUAUGAAAUAUGAAAUGGAGGAUUACGCAGAAGAGGAAUCUGUAGAGGCGACCACUGAGGCAUCAUGCUGUACAAACGCAGAGGGAACCUUAGAGGAUGAAAAGGGUGAGAAAAAGAAUGUAGAGGAGACUGACAAUGACGCAAAGGCUGAGGUAGUAAAAGAGACAGCUGAAGAAGAGGAUGAAGAAGAGACUGAAAAGGGGGUUGAAGAAGAGGUUGAAGAAACAGCUGAAGAAGAGACUGAGAAAGGGGUUGAAGAAGAGGCUAAAGAAGGGGUUGAAGAAGAGAUUGAAAAAGGGGUUGAAGAAGAGAUUGAAAAAGGGGCUGAAGAAGGGGUUGAAGAAGAGGCUGAAGAAGGGGCAGAAGAAGAGACUGAAAAAGGGGUUGAAAAAGAGAUUGAAAAAGGGAUUGAAGAAGAGGCUGAAGAAGGGGUCCUUGAUGAAGAGUCAGAAGAUCCAUCAGAUAAAUCAAAAGGUUUGAAUAAGCCAAGGUAUAUGGAGCUGCUAAAUAUUUUUCAAGCCCUAUGGUUUGGAUGCACAGCUGAAAAUACUGAUCCAAGUUCAGGUCGAGAGGCAAGGGAACAGGCAAAGACAGCUUCGGUGUUCAAAGCCCCAAAGUAUGUAGAUUAUGACUUCACUCCCAUGUCUUCCUCUGGAGUUGAUGUUAGCAGUGGUUCUGGUGGUUCAGGAGAAGAUAUUACAGCUGGUGCCAGGGACUGCACUUUAAUGGCGCAGAAAAAUGCUGAACUCGAAUCAACAGGACAAGUGGAAAAUGUAGAGACUGGCACUGAACUGACUGAGGCUGAGGAGCAAAGUAAAGAGGAAGAGCAGUCACUGAGGCCUUCAACAGCCUGUUCAGAGUCACAAGGUGAGGAAAAAGCAGAGACUGUUAGAGAGGACUCUCCAGCUCAGGAGGCAGAAGAGAACAAGGAGGAUGACUGCAGUAAGUGUGAAAACGGUCAGGAGGAAGGGAGAGAAAAUGAAAACAGCACAUUAACUACAAACGGAGAACAAGGAGAAGCUGAAUCUGUGAAUGAGGAAAUCCCCAAAGAAAAUCUUGAAGAGGAAGCUGAUCAGCUGGCCACUACUGAUGAUGCAAAUGUCAAUGAUGCAGUUUGUGGGACAGAGCUGAAAGCUGACUUGGAAGAGCAGCUUGCAAAAGACUCUCCAAAUAACCCAGAGCCCAAAGUCAAUGCAGCCUCCAGUGUAGAAACAUCCCUUGUGCAGCACACCUCAAUGGAUCCAGACCCAGUCUGGGUCCUGAGACUGCUUAAGAAAAUCGAGAAGGAGUUUAUGGCUCACUAUGUCAGUGCCAUGAAUGAGUUCAAAGUCAGGUGGAACCUGCAGAACAACCAGCAGACAGAUCAGAUGAUACUGGAGCUGAAGGAGGCUGUGAGCCAAAGGAUCCAAAAAAGCAUAGAGAAGGAGAUGAGGAAGAUCAAAUCCAGAGCAGGGAACAAGACACCGAGACCUCCGGCUGAACCACUCAAGCGUGAGUCAACGCUCCAGACUGAGCAGAGGCGGCGGCGAUUGCAAACUAUGCACAAAAGGUCACACUUCAAUGAGAAGAGUGGAACCAAUACUAGGCUAGAGGACACAUUGGACUUAUCAUUUCAGGUGGCUGAAGAUGUAGAAUUUAGCAUAGCUUUUGAGGCCAGUUUUAGCAAACAAGCAAGUGAGGAGGAAUAUUGCCCGUGUGACUCUUGUGUGAGGAAAAAAUUGGCUUCCAAGCCCCCACGAAACCCAGUGGUGGCCACCAAUGCCCCAGUCAUGAAAGCAUUUGAUUUACAGCAAAUCCUGAGGUUGAAGAAAAAUGAUAAUGAGGAUGCAGAAGCAGCUCAGGGCAUCAAAGAAGAAAAUGAACCAGAAUUUAAUGAAGUUGGCAGCUCAGCCUUGAAUGAAGAUGAAGGACAUGAAAUAUCAGAGAGCAAAAGCUGUGAGAUGGGGGAUGGGGUUAAAGAUGGUGAAACCAAAGAAGAAGAAAAGGAAGAAGUGGAAGAAAAGGAGGAGGAGGAAGAAGCAAAGGAGGAGGAGGAAGAAGCAAAAGAGGAGGAGGAAGUGAAGGAGGAAGAAGAAACAAAAGAGGAGGAAGAAGUAAAGGAAGAAGAGGAAGUGGAGAAGGAGGAAGAAGAAGCAAAAGAAGAGGAGGAUGAGGACGUGAAGGAGGAAGAGGAAGAAACAAGAGAGGAGGAAGAGGAAGAAAUGAAAGAGGAGGAAGAAACAAAAGAGGAGGAAGAAGUGAAAGAUGAAGAAGAAGAAGCAAAAGAAGAGGAGGAAGUGAAGGAAGAGGAAGAAGAAACAAAAGAGGAGGAGGAAAUGAAAGAGGAGGAGGAAGUAAAGGAAGAAGCAAAAGAAGAGGAGGAAGUGAAGGAAGAGGAGGAAGUGAAGGAAGAGGAGGAAGUGAAGGAAGAGGAGGAAGAAACAAAAGAGGAGUCGGAAGUAAAAGAAGAUGAAGAAGAAAUAAAAGAGGAGGAGGAAGUGAAGGAUGAAGAGGAAGAAACAAAAGAGGGGGAGGAAGAAGAGGAAGAAACAAAAGAGGAGGAGGAAGUAAAGAAGGAAGAAGAAAUAAAAGAGGAGGAGGAAGUGAAGGAUGAAAAGGAAGAAACAAAAGAGGAGGAAGAGGAAGAAACAAAAGAG